UUUUUAUUAAAUGUAUUGAUUUAUCGAGUAGGAUAAGUACUUACACGAAUGCACUGGUUUUAUAGAGAAUAAUAAAUCUAGAUAAUAAAAAAAUACUUUUAGUUUGUCGGUUGUUUUAUUUAUUGAAUAAUAUAAAAAAUGAAGUAGUAUAUACUUAUAUACUUAUACCUAUAUAGUGGAGAAAGCAGAUUGAUCUACUGAACAAGUGUGAUGAUACGAGACAAUAUACUUUUGUAUGAAUAAAAAAUAACCAAUUGGCUGAGACUACUCUUAUCUCUGCAAUGCGCUAUACAUCUUAUAGUUUAAUGCCAAGGUCACGGAUGCACGCCAAAGUUUUUACUCACUAAAAAGAUAAAUCCCGCUGCACGCGAUGGUAUUUUACGACACUAUAAACUCCCUAUAAGAUCUUGAUAAUUGCAGUGAUAAAAAAUUGAAAAAACUAUUGAAUAAUAAACGAAAUGCCAGACUCGCUUCAAAGAUAAAAAAAAAAGUGGAGCGAAAGCUCGAUUUCUUAGAUCUUGAUCACUUUGAAGAGGGUUUAUGUAGUGUUGAGCCACCCAAUGUGGGCGUGAGAAGUAGAAAAAAAAAGUUAAGUAAAGAAAAGAAAAGAAAGAAAGAAAGAGGAAUGAAAGCUCUUACGGGUCACGUAUCCAGGUUCUGACCUACUUACACUUCUGACGUUCCGGGAAUAAUACCGAUGCAUCAUGCGCUAAACUUUGUUUCAAUACUGACAAACCACCGACAAACUGUUUCUACACUAGUUUUGUUUAAUUAUAUAGUAAAUAGUGAGAUUUUAAUUGCAUCCAAAAGCUAUAUCGAAUGUUAAAAAAAGAAAAAAAAAAUGAAAAAAAAAAAGAAAAAAAAUUGACUGUUAUCGAGCAACGUCAGGCAGUUGUCAAAAUUUCAUGGGUUUUGCUAUUUAUUAAUUUUUUUUUUUACACUAUUUUUAUUUGCCACUUUGUGAAUUAUUUGGCGUGAUAAGUGGGUGUGUGACCCCACUGUAAAUUUAAAGGCGACGAAAUAAUGCGGUAGACGCAAUUCCUGAUCAUAAAUAUUAUUUAUAAUCAAAAUUAACGAUACAAGUAUACAAGUAUACAAGUGGCUGAAUCAGUUAUUGGUUGUGCUGUUUAAAUUUAUCGCUACUAAAAAAUAUUAAAUUGCUUAUUUAAAUAAUCAACUGACGAAUAAUCAUCUUAAAUUUGAAUUUCAUAUCGGCAAUAAAAUUUAAUACUUAACUAUUUAUUAUCUAUAAUCUAUAAAUUAAUUCGUGGCUCGAUAGGAGAUUAAAAUGAAUGAAUAGCCGUAAAAAUUGCUGACGAAAGAUAAAUAAAAGUAUUUAUAAUUAUUAUUUAAAAAUCAAUUAUAGAGAAACUAUUUUAAAUUAACGGCCAUUCUAUGUUUCGAACUAUUGAACGACCUGUUAGUUAUAAACAUCGUGCAAGACAGUGGAUUAAUAAGAUGUUAUUUCUUUGGACACAUGAACAAGCGCCAAGUCAUAAGGGUAAUGACUGGUUCACUUGGCUGACGACAGCUGCAUUUUUUUGGACAUGCCGACGUCCAAUACUCAGAGCAAUACGUGCAGUAUCACCGCUACGUUUUAUUCGUAGUCAUGUUCCGUCACGACUGCGUUCAAUCAAGCGAACUAAAGCGCUGGUUCUAUCCCCAGCACAGGUUCAUCGCCAGAGUUUAAUUUUGCAUCCGAAACUGUCAGUGACAACUGGUAUCAGGACAAAAGUUAAGCGACUGGGAACCGGCGACGGGCCUCAUUUAACAGCAUGUACAAAUGUCAAUCAAAUUAAUCAAAAAAUCUACUACAGAGUCACCAGGAGUGGUCGUGUUUAUGGAACGUACCCCAAUAAAGUCGCGUCUUGUUAAAAUAUUACCUUAAUUUAUUUUUUUUUAACCGA